AUGUUUUCGUAUUUUUAUACGCAUUAAAUUUUCUUUAGUAAAUCUUUUCAAUUCGACAAAAGACAUUGUAUAAAUAAGCUUUUUUACUUGUCGACAGGAUAUAUCCCUUUAUACAAGACGUUUUUGUUUUUUUGAUAAUUUACAAGAAAGAUAUAGAAUUUAACUAUGAAAGUAAUUCUAUCAACGCCAUUUAACUGAAAUGAGGGUAUUGCUAAUAAUCACAUCGUGUUUAUUUAAAUCAGUGCAAAGCGCACUUAUUUUUCAAUUACUCGCUUCCUCUUUCAUUGUCGUUAUCUUUAUGUUUGACAAAGGAAAAGACGCACUCCUGUGUGAGGCUCUCGUUUAAACACCAAUGGAGAAAAAAUUAACACUCGCAGUUAAUACGUAAAUCCUUUUAGUCAAAUAUUAAACCCCCUCUGAAGUCGGACACGGUGACAUUUGGCAAAUCGUGCUUCUGUUUGGCUGGUAGACACGCGGCUUGACUUUCUUUAAGAUAUUGGCGGAACAUAAAUAUAUUUAUAAAUACGGAAUUGCAGAAGAUAAAGUGUUCAAGAGUUGAAUUUUUUCCGAAAAUGUCUAUUGGCACAUCGUUUAGUAUCGAUAGUAUCUUAUCAAGACCUACGUAUCGAUAUUUCUCGCCGUAUCAACUGCCAAUGACUUGUCCAUCUUGUCCAACCUCAGCAAGUUAUAUCAACCAUAUGUGUAAGUGUAUAUAUCUAUACUAAAUACAACAUGUUUUUGAUCAUCAAUUUUCAAACAAUGAUUUUAGCUUCUAAUGACCAAUUAUUUCAUCUUUAUAUACGUACGCCAUGAUUUAUUUGUCAGCUUCAUGCUGGCUAACUUUUGCUUUCGAUAUCCUAAAAGUAAUUUGUUAGCUACUGUUGCAUGGAAAAACUUUUUUCAAAUUUACAUCCUUUACAUUCUUUGUCACAUGAAAAACUUCCUUUUUGCUACCAGUGAUUAUCUAUCUAUCUUUUUUUCAGUGUCAUUGCAAACAUCCUAUGGAGCCGACUUCUAUACUUUUCAACCGAAACGCAAGAGACGUCAUCGAACAAUUUUUACGGAAGAACAGCUCGCGUUAUUGGAAAAAACGUUUGAAAAAACGCAUUAUCCUGACGUUAUUUUGCGCGAAGAUCUAGCGGUGAAAGCUGGUUUAAAAGAAGAAAGAGUUGAGGUUUGGUUUAAGAAUCGUCGAGCAAAAUGGCGAAAACAAAAGCGCGAGUGUAAGAGAGUUGGCGAAAGCACUUCCGAUCAAACAGCAUGUUUGUCGUCUUGUGUUGGGAGGAGUACAUCGCCUUUACGCGGUUUAGCCACAACCACAACAACCAAACUAGAGGCAGCAAGUUUUGCACUAGGCGAAACCCUUAAUAGGGGAUCGAGAAGGUUAUUUUCAUCAGAAGCUGCCUCAAAAGCCGCAGUUCUAAAGAAGACUCUGCAUUCAUUCUCUUAAUUAGACAGAUUUGCCUUAAAAACUUCAAAAUGCGUGAUGAGAAGAUUGAAAAAGAUUGUUUGGCCGAGCACCAAUAUGCAAGGGAUUGGUACUGUACAUAUUUGUUUCUGAUGCAUAUUGGCACUGCACGCACACUUAGCAAGACAUUUAGACAGAAAUGAAGAAGGAUUUAUGAUGCAACGAUGAACAAGAGAUUUGUACAGUUUCAGGCCUUUAGGUUUUCAGGAAUGAAUUUUUCAUGAUUGGUUCUCUCACAUGUGGACGUUUAUCAUCUAAUAUUGUGGAAAAAUUAUUUAAGGAUAUGCUAAGAAUGUAAAUUUUACAAAUGUAUUCCGUUUUUAUUUAUAAACUGUGUUCAUUGAAAAAGAAUAAAAGUAUUUUU